AUGGGCCGGGUGCUGUGGGGGGUCCUGCUCGCCUGGGUGUCAGGGGCUUGGGCAAGAGGGGCUGAGCUGCCCUCCUCUGCGGGCUCUCCGGACUGCAAGAAGGCCCUGAACCUCCCAACUCUGGAAGUCCUGCCGGGGGGAGGCUGGGAUAACCUCAGGAAUGUGGAUAUGGGCAGAGUCGUCAACCUGGGCUACUCACUGUGCAAGACCACAGAAGAUGGAUCUUACAUCAUCCCUGAUGAGGUCUUCACUAUCCCUCGCAAGCAGAGCAACCUGGACAUGAACUCUGAGAUCAUCGAGUCCUGGAAAGAUUACCAAAGCCUCACCUCCGCCUCCAUCAACCUGGAGCUGUCCCUCUUCUCCUCCAUCAAUGGCAAGUUCUCCUAUGACUUCCACCGGACCAAGACCCACCAAGUGAAAGACCGUGCUGUCACCACCCGAGUGCAAGUCAGGAACGUGGUUUACACUGCCAAGGUCGACCCCGCAGCAGUCCUGGACAAGGGCUUCAAGAAGCAGCUGCUGACUAUUGCCAGCCACCUGGAGAACAACCAGACGCGGAUGGCUGAUUUUCUGGCAGAGGUGCUGGUGCUUAACUACGGCACCCACACCAUCACCUCCGUGGAUGCCGGUGCCAGCUUGGUGCAAGAGGAUCAGAUCAAGGCAACCUUCCUGAAGGACAGCUGGGCCACACGGAAUGCUGUCACUACCUCAGCCGGCGUGGUCUUCCACAGCAUCAUCAGUGUGAAAAACCAGGAGUCCCUGAACAGCAGCUCCGGCUUCACCAGGCAGUAUCUGGGUAAUCGCACCAACUCCAGGGUAGAGAGCGUUGGCGGGGCCCCCUUCUACCCGGGCAUCACCCUCAAGACCUGGCAGGAGGGGAUCAGAAACCAGCUGGUGGCUCUUGACCGCUCAGGGCUGCCCCUUUACUUCUUCAUCAACCCCGGCACCCUGCCAGAGCUGCCCACCCCCACGGUGAAGAAGCUGGCCAGGCGGGUGGAGAUGGCAAUCCGCCGCUACUACACCUUCAACACCUACCCGGGCUGCACAGACGCCACUUCAUCCAACUUCAACUUUCACGCCAAUGCCGACGAUGGCUCCUGCAAGGGCACCAUGACGAACUUCACCUUUGGGGGAGUCUUCCAGGAGUGUGCUGGGCUGGCCGGCCCUGACACCAGCACGUUGUGCCAGGCACUAGAGCAGAGGAACCCCCUCACUGGGGCUUUCUCUUGCCCCACCGCCUACACACCAGUGCUGCUGGGCACGCAGGAGCGGGAGGAAGGCCACAGCCACCUGGAGUGCCACAACAAGUGCAUCCUGGGCAUCUUCUGCCACCGUGAGUGCCGGGACGUCUUCUGGCUCUCCCGGGUGCAAUUCAGUGCCUACUGGUGUGCUACGAGCGGGUCGGCGGACCCAGACUCAGGAUACCUCUUUGGAGGGCUGUUCAGCACCCGCAGUGCCAACGCCAUCACCGGUGCCCAGUCCUGCCCCUCGGGGUACCUCCCACUGAAGCUCUUUGACGAGCUCAGGGUGUGCGUGAGCCAGGACUACGAGGUUGGUGGCCAGUAUGCGGUGCCUUUCGGGGGCUUCUUCAGCUGCCAGGCAGGGAACCCCUUGGUGGGGCGGCACCAGGGCACUGCCAAAGACCCCCAGGCCAAGAGCUGCCCCCCAGGCUUCAGCCAGCACUUGGCGCUCAUCAGCGAUAGCUGCCAGGUGCAGUACUGUGUCCAGGCUGGCAUCUUCACAGGGGGCUCGCUGCCGCCUGCACGCCUGCCGCCCUUCACCCGACCCCCCAGCAACCUGCCGGCCAUUGACACGGUGCUGGUGAGCAGCGGGGACGGGGACAGCGCCUGGGUCCGGGACGGGCAGAGCCAGGCGUGGCGGCUGGCCCAGCCAGAGGAGAUGCAUCACGCGGCAGAGAUGGUGAAGGGCCAGGGGCUGACAGGGGGCGAGGUGGCUGGCGUGACCGCCGCAGUUCUGGCAGGGCUGGCCACCAUCCUGGCAACAGUCUGGUACAGCCGCCGGAGGUACAGGGCAAGGGGGUACAGCACAAUGGGCAAAGGGGACAGCCAGGCAUCCGCGAGCCCCGAGGACAGCACUGUGCUGAGCGUGGGUGAGGGGUACCAGCACGAGACAGAGGGGCUGAUGGCAUAAGCAUCAUCCUGCCCCGCAGCUCCCAGGUGUUGCCUUGUGCCCCAAACCCCAGCAAAGCCCCCUGCCCACCCUCCCUCCUGGGGUCAAAGCUGUGCCAUGCCACCAGCCACCUUGGGCCGAGGGUCCCUGUCCGCACAGAGGUCCCAGGCUCACCCCUCCACAGAGCGACACAAGCUCUCACCCUCCACCAGACCCCCAAGCUCCAGCCUUGAGCCCCUGGGAGGCUCCAGGGCCCUUCAGACAUCCCUCCCCGCUGAGUGUGGGGGCUGCCUCUCAGGGUCAGCCCGUCACCGUGACCCUGGCACCUCUGCGGCUGCGUUCCCUGCUGCAACCAGGCCCAGGGCUCUGCCCCUUCAGAGACAACCGAGUUUCCACUGCAAGUCAUGUCCCAGCUGUGACUCCACCCCAAAACCAAAAAAAGGGCCCUUCAACAGGUCACUGGGGACACGGGGCCAUACAAGAAGGAAGCCCUGAUCACAGUCAUCCACAUCGCCCCAGGCUGCACUCAAAACACCGGGGAAGCUGUGCAGCCCCCUACCCUCCGCCGGCACACGAGAGCACCGGCAGGGCUCCGGUUCAUGCCCAGCAGAGACCUGCUGCCUGUAAAACCUUGGACCAGGGUGUGCGCCGCAGCCAGCUCUGGGAACAGCCCCCACCCCCGGUGCAGAGCCCCCCGGCUGCUGCCGGCACCAGGGCCGGCACACACGCAUUGGCAACGCUUUGCGAGUCACCCACCAAUUCCUGCCUGCCGCAAACAGGGGGCAACCCGUCUCCAUGUAUAUCUAUCGGGAUAGAUAUACACAGGCAUGCAGAGAGGCACCGGUCAGCUUUAUUUCAGCCAGCAACUAACUGCACACGCAACGCGGCAUUAAAACAGAAAAAUAAGUCA